GAGACGCGUAGCGCGUGCGUGCGUGCGUGCGUGAUGAUGUGAGGUGUGACGCCACGGCGCAUCAAAGGCACGAGGCUGACAGAGUCACAGAGCCCGAACCGAAGCUGCAACGGCAGGGACAGGUAGAGACGCACCGAGCCCCGCAGACGCGCCAGUGCACCGAAUCCUGCGGAAAAAAGAUGCUCCAGUUCGGCGGCGUUCCCGCGCUCGUCUCCCUGAUUCUGGUGGCGUUGGCGGCGGCAUCAUCUGAUCUGUUUGACGACCAACUGGGCGAUAUCAAUUACUGCAAAAAGCAAUGCCAGAUGUCCAUCAAAAACAAAAGCCCCGCCAAAGACUCCAUCAUGAAUGCCUGUCACCGCGGCUGUCGGCUCUACUCCAUCUGCCAGUUCGUGAAUGGAAAUCAAGGCAUCAAUACCAGCAAAGAAGAGUGCCAGGGAG